AUGGGUUUACUUAAAUAUUUCUUAAUCACGGCGGUAGCUGCAAUCACUCUGUAUUGUUUUUUUGCAGAACAUCCUCGUUCAAUGGAGCAUAUAGGUAAAGAAAACAAAUGGUAUGGCCCCGGAAAGCCGAAAAACGAUUCGGAAACUAUUGAAAAUUUUCGAAUUAAUUUCCCUGAAAAAUUGCUUGAAGAUUUACUGGCAAGACUAAAAUCGUCACGUGUUUCGCAUACUCCUUUAGAAGAUGCAAAUGAUUUCAGUUAUGGGUUUAAUGCAGCAUAUUUGAAUGAACUCAGAGACUAUUGGAUAGAGGAAUACGACUGGAGGAAAGAAGAAAAGUUCUUGAACACCUUCAAUCAUUUUAAAACAGAGAUUGAAGGACUGAUGAUACAUUUUAUACGUGAAAAGGUUUCUAUCGACCGUUUGCAUCUUUAUGAUAAAGUUGUGCCUUUACUAAUGGUACACGGAUGGCCAGGAAAUAUUUAUGAGUUCCAUAAAAUAAUAUCAUUCUUGACAGACCCGAAAAAAUAUGGAAUAAAAUCAGAAUUUGCUUUUGAAGUUGUUAUACCUUCGAUCCCUGGAUAUGGGUGGUCUGAUUCACCACAGAAGAAAGGCUUUUCUCAAGUUGAAUGUGCACGCGUGUUUUAUAAACUAAUGGAUAAGCUUGGGUUCAAGAAGUUCUACCUACAAGGGGGAGAUUGGGGAUCCGUUGUUACAAGUAACCUCGCUAGGAUGUAUCCUGAUAGCAUAUUUGGUUUGCAUUUAAACAUGGUAUCUGUAUUCCCCGGAACUACCGUUAAAUCAACAAUAUUUGAAAUUUGUGCCUCCCUUUGGCCUAAGCUAAUGCUGUCUUCUACGAACCUUCACAAUCAUAAUUUCAUCUCCAAAUUCCUUUCUUUGAUAGCUGAGAGUGGUUAUAUGCAUAUCCAGGCAACAAAGCCAGAUACUAUCGGCACUGCUUUGAACGAUUCUCCCAUUGGUUUGGCUGCUUACAUACUUGAGAAGUUUUCCACCUGGACAAAUCAAGAUUUUAUGAGCAUGUCCGAUGGAGGACUGACCAAAAAAUUCAAAAAAGAGGAACUAAUUACUAUAAUUAUGAUUUAUUGGAUCAAUGGAAAUAUUGUGAACUCUCAGCGGUUUUAUAAAGAAUAUUUUUCUGAUGCUCGAAAUGUAGAGCUUGCUAAAGUUUUCUUGAACGUUCCUACAGGCCAUUCUUCCGGAUUGAACGAACUUUUUGACAGAACUCCUGUAGAACUCUCAAGAAUGUUCAUGAAUAUCACAUUCUACAACGAAAUUCCGGAUAUGGGUCAUUUUGCAUGUCUGGAGAAACCUAGAGAAAUUGCAGAAGACAUCUUCGCAUUCGUUGAAACUAUCCCUGUUUGA